CGCAGCCGGGUAGAAGCAUGUCUAUAGGUAGAAGAAGGACGGAACGGCAACAACAAACAUGGAGGCGGCUCCGUUCGUCAGCUUCACUCCGGAGCGCUACUGGACGGAGGAGAAGGAGCGGGCGCUCAUUGCGUUUUUCUCCAAGAACAGUUGUCUUUGGAACCACAAGUCUGAACACUACAAGAACCGCCAGCUACGAUGGAAAACUCUGGAACACCUGAGAAUCCUGCUGUCCACUCACCCACCUCCUGUUUCUUUCACAGUCGAAGACAUCAAGAACAAGUUCAAGAACCUCCGUACCACCUUCCAGCGUCAGUACAAGAUGGUCAGAGCGAGCAAAAGUUGCAGCGUGGACGAUGUUUUCGUGCCGCAGUGGAAACACUACCAGCAGCUGAUGUUCCUGCAGGGCUGCUGGGACCAAGACAACGGCAUUGACGAUCCUCCACUGUCACCGCUGACCGUUCCAGACGAGGAGAACCAGCCGAUCCUCUCCUCUCCAGGACUCAUCAUCUCCUUCCUCCCCACUCCGUCCACCUCCUCAGCCUCCACCUCGUCCUCCUGCGUCCCCUCCAACAUCAUGGUGAAGUGUUACUGGACCGAGGAGAGGGAGCGAGCGCUGAUAUCGUUCUACUCCGAGCACAGCUGUCUGUGGAACAAGAAGUCUGAAAACCACAACAACCGUCAGCUGCGACUGAGGCUGCUAGAGGCUCUGAGGACCCAGCUGUCGGACCACUCGGUGAUGUUCUCAGUCGAAGAUGUAAAGUGCAAGUUCAAGAACCUUCGGACCGUGUUUAACCGUGAAUACAAAGCAGUCCAGAGCAGCAGGGCGACCGACAAACCCUACGUGUCCAAGUGGAAACACUACCAGCAUCUGCUCUUCCUCUGCGAGUCCUGCGAGGAGGACGACGCCGCAGACGACCUGCAGAUACUGACGACUACGGAGGACAAAGAUCUGGAACAUGGAAACCAGACUCCCUCGUCCACCCUGAGUAGCUUCUCCUGCAGCUCCAACCAAAGCAGCAGCGUGAAGCUCAACAACGCCUCCGUUCCCUCCAGUUCCAGCCAGAGUGACGCCAAAACCAGCUCCAGCGCUGCGUACCAGAUCUUCCUCUCCACAACUCCGGAUAACCUGAAACUAGCCGGACAAAUGGCAGCUUCCACGCUCCCGUCCUCACCAUCCAGCUCACUGCCAGACUCCAAACCAUGUGUAAACCCCUCGUCUUUGAAUUUCUCUGUGUCCGGUUCGGUUCAGCCGGACAGCAGACUGAGCGUCGACUCCCGCUGCCUCUGGAGCGAGGCCAAAGUCCAGCAGCUCAUUUCAUUUUACUCCGAACACUGCUGUCUAUGGAACCACAAGUCUGAGAGCUACAGGAACCGUCUGCUGAGACAAAGUCUGUUGGAGUCGCUGAGCAUCGCCCUGUCGGACAAUGAACCGGUUCCAUUCACAGUGGAAGACAUAAAGACAAAGUUCAGGAACUUGAGAACUAUCUUCCAACGGGAGCACAAAGCGGUGAGCGCCAAUAAAACCUGUGGUUCGGAAGACUUCUACCUCCCCAAGUGGAAACACUACCGCGAGCUCAUGUUCCUGUGCGACUCCUGCGACGAGGACGAGCGGCCAGUCGACCUCCACUUCCACGAACCGAAAGAGCCCCGCCUCCUCCACCUGGAUGGCCAGGCUCCGCCCCCUUCUCUGCUCUACCACACCACCAACCACACCGCCGCCAAACUGAACAUCACGGCCCGGAGUCUGGAAGCCCCACCAUCACCGACUCCCCCGGACUCCCAACGCUCCUCGCCAUCCUCGUCCCCGUCCACGUCGUCCUCGCUAACGGACAGCCGGGUGUCGGGACGCAAGCGGGCGAGCCACAAGGUGUCGCCGACCGCCGAUGAGUUUCUAGACUUCAUGAGGACGUUCUGUCGGAAUCAGACGGCGUCACCACACGCCGGCUUCCUGAGGUACGUGGAGGAGUGUCUGAACGAGACACCACCGGACAAAGUGAAGAAACUGAAGAAGAAGAUCAUUGAGACGAUCCACAGCAUUUCAGAGGACGUUUAGCGUUCAUUACACUCAGUGUAGAGAUUACAAUCUUAUCCUUAGGACCUACAUUCCUAACAACUGUGAUGACGUUACUCACAUGCUGUCAUUCCAGCUUGCAAACGUCUGACUUACUGUUUGUUUCAUUUCGCUUAAGGAUGAAUAAGGAUGUUAUGAAAAGACCCAAACAAACAUUGACGUCCUUUCGGUGACCCUCAGCCUCAAGCACGCUGUUUCCUACGUAAAUGUUUAGAAACGGCUCGCAGUAGCUUCUUUUAUUGAGCAACGUCCACUAUUUACCCUCAAACAAUUGAUAAUUGUGCACAGCCAUGAAAUCACACCACGGUCCCUGUGAGAACCACAACAUGGUGGAAUGUCAGUCGGACUACCAGGGCAGAUCGUCAUUUCUACUGGAGAUGUCACGGUACAAGAUGUUUGUUUGUCUUUACCGUUUAAAUUCCACAAAUCCUCAAUGCCAAAUUCAACAACAAAAAACAUAUUGAAUGUAUUCCAACAUAAACAGUGUGCUAACAUGCAAACACAACGUUAUGUUUUGGCAGACUGAAUGGUACGAGCUACUGUCAGCUAACGUUAUGAGCGUAAACAAGCUAACAUUAACCUCUAUCGACAUUGCGUUGCUACAGUUCACAGAAUAAAAUAACAUUUGAGGGUGUCAAUUAGUGACAACUCUCUCAGCACAGAUCCAUGAGUCUGACUUUGGUUGUCUAGAAUUCGUCCCUGAUUGUCCGACUAACACUAAAUACCAGUACCUUCAUAGUUGUACUUGCUGCAGCCAUUCCACAUGUUGUUGAUGUUCUCUUGUAUCUCCAACAUUUACAGUACCGCAAUGUAACAAGAAUUUGGCAUCAACUUAGUACCAAACUGAAGUUCUUGAUUUGUACUUUUGGUGUUUUUCAUAACCUUCCCUUCUUGGUGACACAUGGGUCUUAUUGCUGAGGACUGUACUAUGAAGCAAGUGGGACAUAUCCAGGCUUUCCUUAUGUUAGUCGGCUCGACAAAACUUACAACUCCAGUCAGUUACACAAAGUUUUCUUUAUCAGGCUUUAAGUGUGCACAUAUAAACAUCAUGUGACUCUUCUUUCACAAAAUGGACUUAAUGUGUCGCCUACUUCAGCCAACAUGAACAGGUUCUUAUAAUGUAGAGCUAAAAGGAAUCUAAGCUUUUUUUUACAGUUAAAAGUGCAGUUUCUGCAAGAGCAAACUGUUGAUACAAAACUGUUAAUUGUGGAAAUUAAUAUCUUUGUCUUCCCACUUAAUGACUCUCAAUGCAAAUGAUUAUUUUUAACACUCUAACACGACUGAUGCACUUUAGAUCUGUUAUACUUUUAACUUUAUUCAUUCAAAUAUGAUAUUACAGAAGUGUGUUUAGUCUGAAAUCACUUUAGUUUUUGGCUGAUUGUAUAUUCUCUGUGAAAAAUACCAAUACAUUGAUCACUUUAAUAAUCUGUCUUCUAUCAGCUACGGUUCCAGCAGGGUGUGAUGGUCUUGUUGACCAAUCAGGGCCAAAGUUCAGAGAAUACUUGUGUGUUUUCUACAUCUGUGUAUAAGUUCCUGUGGCAAAUGAUGCAUAAAGUUUGAGAUUCUGUAACAGCAGAACAUCGUCAGUAGGAUUAGUGACAUUUACCUCAACAAGUUAGCAGAUAAAACAUAUUUAUUCAGCUGGAAAACUCUGAGAAUCAUCAGGAAAAAAUUAAAUCCCAAACUCCUAACAGGAAGGAGAUGUUUAGCAUCAGUUACCAUGGAGAUCUAGCAGGUUUAAAGAGAUCCACCUUCAUGACAGUGAAAACUCUGACUGUAGACUCAACAUACUUCAGUAGUCCUGCUUCAUAGUACAUCCCUGUCACCAUAAUUGGAGCGUAAACAGUAGAAAUGAUGGACAACUUCUUAAAAUAUGUUUCAGGUUGAAGCUAAAGUCGUGUUAGCUGCACUGAGGGUCAUUAAACAAAAACCAAACAUGUCACCAUGCUCACAUCUCAGUUGUCUGACUUUAUAGCUUUUGCUGGGUGUUCAGCUUGACAUAACAUUGGACGUUAACACGCCGAUAUUUUAGCAUGUUAGCACAAAGUAAAGUCUAGCCAUGAAGUAACAUGCUAACACCAUGUGCUGGCAGAGCUGAAGAUGCUAACAUGCUAGUGGUAAUAGCAUUUCAACUUAUAACUGUAAGUUAUUUACGUUAAUAGUCAGUUUUUAAACACACAGAAACUGAAUGCUAACACUAGCGAGGUGCUAAGUCAAUUGUUGACUUGCCAAAGGUUGCUGUGCUAAUUGACAGCCUUGCGUGCUAGUAACAUGAGUAAAAGCACAACUUAAUUUUACCAAAAGACAUCGUAAGAGGUAUGUUACCCUCAAGUAUUUUGAAAUUUGUGCCAUUAAUCGUUGCCAAAGCGUCAUCCAGAGAACCUUAACAAAAUUACGUCAAACUUGUAAAGAAAAUUGAACAGAAGUUGUUAGCAUUAGCUUAAUUCCCCUUCCCUAAAGCUCGACACGUAGCUUUAUCCUACAGGGACUGGUUUAAUUCCAAAAUGGAGCUUCCACCGUUUAAAAUGUGCUUAAAUCCAUUCAUUUUUGAGGACAUCAGGGUGAAACUAUGUUCCAUUUUCUAGUGAAUUACCAUUUUUAUGCUUACAGAACAUUAAGAUGUUUGAAACUAAACAAAACAGUCCUUUGUGACGUUUUUUGAAGUACCAAACUUGAGAAACUUUUUGACGUGUCAGCUUUACCACAUCAUCAACAAACCAGUUUAGUAAAUGCUGAGUUUUAAAACCUACACUGUCAAUAGAAACUGACCUUGUAAAGAUGUAAUCAAACCUUUAAUGUGUGUCUUUAUUAUUUAACCUGCUUUAAAGGCAGCCAGUAAUUCUAAUAUUUAAAUACUGUCUUCUUUCUGUUCUGUUUUCAGCCUGACAAUGUUACACGGGGCUUUUCUUUUGUGCAUUUGCUGAGAUUUUAUUUCAAUAAUAAGUUUCAGCCAUAAGAACGUUUAUAAAACUGUAAGGAGUCGUGUUAAAAUAUGUAAAAAUAUUUACAUGUAAAGCCUUUUAGAAGACAGUUCUGUUGUUCUUCUGUUACACAUGGAGAUUUUGAUUAAAUCAAAAUCUUUUGAUGCACUCUGCUGCUUUUUUGAACAUGUUUUUUUUAAAUUGUACUUUAAUAUAAGAAUUAUUUCUACUCUUUUUUUGAUUGUUUGUUUGUUUGGCUUAAACUCAACUAAGUGCCUUGUGGGAGUCACAGUAACCAACCACGUUCACAUUAAAUGUACAUGCGUAAAUAUAAGUUUCCUUUGUCUUUACAGCCUGAAUCUUGUACAUUUAUUCAAUCUACUCAAAUCAUCACAGCUUUGGUUGCAAAGAUGAAUGACAACAUGAUUUCAAAUGCAACGGUUAGCAUUUUAUCUAAAGUAAAAGAAGAAAACAACAAUUUCAAGAGCCAAAGUUGAGCAAAUAAGAAUAAUUAUGAAAUUUAAGUGAAAGGUUUUCUCUAAUGCAGUGAAGUUUCGUAGUCUAAAAAACAAAUGGUUGCAAUUCUCUUACAUUCCUCUAGAUGGCGACGUCUAAUUGCACACUGCACUCUGAUGUUUCCUCAGAACUGGUCUUCAAAGCCACGUAUUUUCAGCAUAAACUGCAGGUAUUUAUAAAGAUAUUUGGGAAAUUUUAGCUUCUUAGAUCAAGUACUUAAUGAGAUACUACUUUCUUUGCACAUGUAAAUUUGAGUCUGUUUGAACAACAAUAUCUGAGGAACUAUUAAAGAUAACCUGAAAUUUUCA